AUGGAGCUCAACAUCCGUCAUAUCUUAUCCACUGUCGCCGAAUCCAUAUUGCAGAUUGCAGCUUUUUGUCUGAUAGGAUAUAUUGCAGCACGAAAAGGUGUUCUUGAUGUCAAAGUCCGCCGCCACAUGAGCCGGGUGAAUGUAGCGGUGUUCACACCGGCGUUGAUGUUCGGUAAAGUGGCUUUCAGUCUUACACCACAAAUGUUAUCCAACCUUUGGGUCAUCCCGGUCGGUUACUUGAUCCUAAGCUGCGUAUCAGCAGGUGUGGCAUGGACGCUGGGAAAAUGCUUUGGGCUGACCAGGCUCAGACGAAACCUUGCAGUAGCAGGAGCAACCUUCAUGAAUUCGAAUACGUUGCCAAUCGCAUUGAUGCAGACCAUGUCGGGCUCCCUCUCCUUAAAAUGGAAACCAGAUGAUACACCUGCGAAGGCAUUGGAUAGAUCAUUCCAAUACCUCGUCCUAUGCGCCGUACUUGGGGCCCUUUUGCGCUGGUCCGUAGGAAUCGCACUACUCAACUCCUCAGAUGAGCCUGCGGCGAAAGCCAAUCCAAAGCACUUUUCUAUGAUCACCCUGCCUAUCACUCCCCUUGAGCCGAAUUUCAACGGCGACAGUUCAAGAUAUCCGAGCGGUCCGAUUUCACGACCCGAAACCCUCUUACUUUCACGAUUACAUCGUGAUGGUCAUUCAAGCUACCCGGUCUCAAUAACCCCCAAUUCUGCCGUGUUCAGCUACGAUCUGGAGGCCCCAACACCUUCCACAUCAGUCCAUCAGGCAGACCUUCAAAAAGAUGCUCUGAUGAAAACCAAGACAGGGACACAUGACCCAAAGCCAAGCAAGAAAGUCAAUAUUCGCCAAACUUGGCGUGGCGUGCGCCGCACGAUGAAGAAACUGAAAACGCGCCUGUCGAUCUCCGACAAAUCUCUUGAGGCACUUAGCGAACUUCUGAACCCGCCGCUGCUUUCUUCAAUUGCUGCGAUAAUUGUCGCUUGCAUCCCACCCUUCCAGCACUCACUUGCAAAGGUCAAACCGCUAAGAGAGUUCAUUUCCACGGCAGGUGCCGUUGCCAUUCCACUCACACUAGUGCUGCUUGGCGCCUUCUUCUAUCGGCCCCCCAACGAUACAAAGCCACAAGCAGAUCAUGAAAAGACUCAGCUCGAGAAGGAGAAGCGGAUUCAAUCGCGGAGAACUUUGAUAGUCAUAACCCUCACUUUACUUGCCCGACACGUCGUGACCCCUCUGAUCAUCUUGCCCCUCCUCGCACUUAUCUGUCAAAACUCACACUUUGAGGUGGUCAAGGACCCGGUCUUCAUCCUGUGCGCGACCUUGAUCAUUGGUGGCCCACCCGCAAUCACUUUGGCUCAGAUGACAUCAAAGACGAAUGUGGAUUCCUUGGACGAAAUGGUAUCCAAGUUGUUGCUGUGGUCAUACGCCCUUGCCACGCCUAUAACUACGAUAUUGCUGGUCUUGGGGGCCGGGUUCAUUUACAAUUCUAUCUUGUAA